GGCACGUGACUUAUUCCGUGGGUGCUGGGGUCCAGGAAGCUGUGAGGCCUGAGCUUAGGUCCAGGAGCGAUGGAGCGCUGAGCCGUUAACGUCUGUUGGGCUGUCAGCCUUUUUACCUGUUGCUGCUGCCACCUCCUCGUUUGACGCCUUCUUGGAGUCUCUCUUGACUUUGGAAACAAUACCUGGUAACAAACAUGACUGAGUUUUGGCUUAUAUCAGCUCCUGGGGAGAAAACAUGUCAGCAAACAUGGGAGAAACUGCAUGCGGCAACUACAAAGAACAAUAAUCUUUCUAUAACUUCAAAGUUCAACAUCCCUGACUUAAAGGUUGGCACACUAGAUGUCUUGGUUGGUUUGUCAGAUGAACUUGCAAAACUGGAUGCAUUUGUAGAAGGGGUGGUUAAGAAAGUUGCUCAGUACAUGGCUGAUGUAUUGGAGGACAGUAAAGACAAAGUUCAGGAGAAUCUGUUGGCUAAUGGAGUUGACUUGGUUACUUAUAUAACAAGAUUCCAGUGGGACAUGGCCAAAUAUCCAAUCAAGCAGUCCCUGAAAAAUAUUUCUGAAAUAAUUGCCAAGGGGGUAACUCAGAUUGACAAUGACCUGAAAUCGCGAGCAUCCGCAUACAAUAACCUGAAAGGGAAUCUUCAGAAUUUGGAACGGAAGAAUGCAGGAAGUUUGCUAACUAGAAGUCUAGCAGAAAUUGUCAAGAAGGAUGACUUUGUUCUUGAUUCAGAGUAUCUCAUCACAUUAUUGGUGGUAGUUCCAAAGUUAAACCACAAUGAUUGGAUUAAGCAGUAUGAAACGCUAGCUGAAAUGGUAGUUCCAAGGUCUAGCAAUGUUCUCUCAGAGGACCAAGAUAGUUACCUUUGUAAUGUCACCUUGUUUAGGAAAGCAGUUGAUGACUUCAGACACAGAGCCCGGGAAAACAAAUUCAUCGUUCGUGACUUCCAGUAUAAUGAAGAAGAGAUGAAAGCAGAUAAAGAAGAAAUGAAUAGGCUUUCUACUGACAAGAAAAAGCAAUUUGGACCACUCGUGCGGUGGCUGAAAGUGAAUUUUAGUGAGGCAUUUAUUGCAUGGAUUCAUGUGAAAGCAUUAAGGGUUUUUGUUGAGUCUGUUUUAAGGUAUGGCUUGCCAGUGAACUUUCAAGCAAUGCUACUUCAGCCUAAUAAGAAAACAAUGAAGAAACUAAGAGAAGUAUUAUAUGAAUUAUAUAAACAUCUAGACAGCAGUGCGGCAGCUAUCAUUGAUGCUCCUAUGGAUAUUCCAGGCUUAAACCUGAGUCAACAAGAAUACUACCCCUAUGUGUACUACAAGAUUGAUUGCAACUUGCUGGAAUUCAAGUAAAAGUGGGCUCCUCCUCAGACUGGCCUGCCCGUGCGUUGGUGAAUGCUAACAGAAAUAGGUGGCAGGCUGAUAGUACUUUUAACUCUCUAAAACCCUUUGCUUGCUUCAUACCCCUUUUCCUAGGUGAAUUCUCCCAUAGUGGUCCAUUUCUCAACAUUUUAUUUUUGAAGAAAAAUGUAUGUAUUGUUUCUUUUUGUUGAUCAGGUCUGUAAAUGUGUACUAAAAAAAAUCAGAGUUUAUUUAUAAACAGAAUAGUUUAUUUAAAGAGAAGGUCUUUUCUCAUCAGUAUUGUGGUAUGCAUUAAUUCCAUUUGUUACUGUUGUGUACAAAGGCCUUGUUUACAAGGGUAUAGUGUAAACAUUUAUACCAUUUUGUUCACUGGAUUUAGUAGACCUAAUUGUUUAAUAGUUAUUGAAUCGUGACGUAAAGAAAUGUGACUCUAUUCAGGUAUAUGCUUUCUGAAUGUUUCAAAAUACAAUCUGUGAGCACUGUCCACACCCACAGGAGAGAAUAAAAUUACCUGUGCAAAGGUGUAUUGUGGUGUGUGUAACUUCAGAAGAUUACAGUUCAGUUUGAGAGUUUAAUAAGUGAUAGCAUAGCUAACUUGCUAUGCUACUUUCAGGAUGUUAUAUGCUGAGGUGACAGUUUGUGUGUGGUUUAAUUAUGCCAAAUUUGGGUUAGAGCACAAUUUUGGAGGUUAUUUUUUCAGGGUAUUUACAGAUGGACACUUAGACUUUUAGUCUCUCAAAUAAUUAGAAAGUUAGGACCAAUUUUGAAUAAAAGUAGAGCAAAACUAUGUAGCUUUUCCCCCUAAGUAUUUUACAUGUUUUCUUUUUAAGCUCUGUAGUUAUAAAACUCUUCAUUUAUGAUAGAGUCUGAAAAUAGUAGCAUUGCUAGUCUUUAAAAUAUCUAAGAGGAAUAACCUAGUUUAGUAUCCUAAAAGAGUUUUUAAGAGAGAGUUUUGUGGCAGUACAUCUUUACUAUAUAUUCACAGAAUUGUAAAUAAGAGAAAGUUUACAUUUUAUUUUAAACACGUUUCUAAAUUCUUCUUUUCCCUCUAUUUAGAACAUUACAUAGCUUCCAAAAUCCUUUUUAUUAUUUCAAAAUUUAAAAUUAUUUGAAACAUACUUAUUAACUUCAGACAAAUACAGACUUCUAUAAAGUAAAGCAUGAAAGACAUCCCCUCCUUCCACUCCCGAGGGAUGUUUAUGUAUCCUUCCAAAACAUGAAAUGUAUUCUCUACAACAUAUAUGUCACACACCUAGUUUACUUUUCUAAAAUGAGGGAUCAUACUGUGCAUGUUCUGUCACUUGCUUUUUUGCUUAUUAAUAUAUCCAAGGUAUCUUUACACAUCAUUCUAGCUAGAGCUACCUCAUUGCUUUAACUGGGUAUUUGGUAUUCCAUCAUGUGUUUAUGCCAUAAUGUGUUUAGCCGGUCACCUUUUGAUGGAUAUUCAGGUUGUUUUUAGUUUUUGCUACUACAGAUUGCCACCAUGUAUGUCCUUGCACAGAUAUCUUUGCACAUUUGUAUUAGUGUUUCUGUAGGAGAGAUCCAGCAGUUGGGCUUUUUGUAGAGCCCAUAGGGUGUGUGUAUUUAAAAUUUUGAUAUAUACUACCAAGCUUUCAGUCAGAAUUCUAAAUUUAGGACAUGUUGGGAAUGUAGAUUUUAUUUUCAGUCCUUUGCUCAAGAAGAAGCUGAAGCUUUUUUGUUAUUGUCAGAAAAUUAUGGUUCUCUGUCUUCUUUUUGCAAGAGCUCUUUGAAGUUUCAUGUCCAUAAAAUGGGGAGAAUAUUUCUAUCAUAGGGUUGUGUUUGAGUAUUAGAGUAAAAGAUGGGUAGGUGCAUACAGUGACUUUUAAAGUUUUAUUUAGACUUUAGUAUUCUUUUUAUAUGGGUAGGUAAGGACUGUUUCAGGUUUAAAAUCCCAGUGUGUGUUAGGAACCGUGGGGUUUUUGCUAGGAUUUUUAUCAUGGUUGGAGUCCAGCAGAAUGGCUGAGAGAGUGCCUAUGGAGCCAGACUUCAAGCAUUCACCCACAGCUCAUCUACUCAUUAGCUCUGUGAGCCUGGGCCCGGAGUGAUCUCCGUGCCGCAAUGCCUCAUUUGUGUACUGGGGAUAAUUAUGGUGUCCACCUCAUAGGGCUUUUGUGGUGAGUGAAUGAGAUCCUAUGUGUCUAUAAAGUGCUUAGAGUGGGGCCUGAUGAGAGCUCGCUGCAUGUACUUACUAUCAUCCUAGAGAAGUACCUGUAGCUCCUUUCCCACUUGUGUUUAAUUCGGGAAUUUCUAGGUGCACAUCAUUGUAAGUUUGAAGAUUAGAAAGAAGUAAUUGGGAGUGGGGAGAGUGGGGUGGGUAGUCAAGUUUGUGACUGUAACAAACUAGUAAAGCAGUGGUCACUGAGCUUUAGAGGUUGGGUUAUUUAUGUUGGUCAUGGAGCUGCUGUUCUUGGGAAGGGACUGUUCCCAUUUGCUUGCUUUGUUUCGUUUGGUGAGAUGGGUUCUCCUCUAGGAUAGAGCUCAGAUAACUUUGAGAUUCAUUAAACACUGACCGAGUGUCUGUUACAGACCUUUCUGCUGAUGGUUUCAUGUAUGUUCCCUCAUCCCUUCCCUAUGUUGCUCAUGAUGGGGGACCGGUGGGUCCCCAUUUUACAUAUGUGGAGAUUUUAGGUUCAAAGAAGCUUUGAAGAAGUAACAAAUUUUGAGUCAGUAAGAAUUUAAACCUAGGGUUUCUGACUGCUGGGUUCUUUCCUCCAUGUCAUACUUCCCACCUCCACCAGGUACUAUAGGAGUGAGCUAAACACAUACCCUAACUUUAGUCCAAGAUAGAUAGACAAUGAUAUAGAUUCCAUAUGGAUAAUCUGUGAUUAAAUUGUAUUGAUAUUUGGCAGGGACCAGGAGCCCAGGCAUUUUGUCAGUGGUGGUUGAUGAUGUGUCUAGUUGUUGCAUGUUAAUUUCAGUAGCUGAGUUAGUCAAUCUAGAAUAUUUUUCUACCUCUGAAAUUCCUCUGAUGAGGUUGCUAUUAAGCAGAAACUCUGUGUGGUCUGGGUGAAACAUAUCCCACUUGACUUUUUGACUGAGCUCAUGCCAAGUAGUUCCUUUAAAGUAAUGAUACUUGGCAUAACAAAUAGUCAGCAAAUGUUAACUUUUCUUUAUUCUCACUUUAAAAUUAAAUAGUCCCAAAUGUUGGAAAUAAAAUAUAAGAAAUUGA